AUGGCCACCACUCCAUCGUCCAAGGCCAACGCAGAUGAUGCGUCCAAGCUCGGCUAUUCGUACGUAACGCCGUCCGGCAUGUGCCUACGGUUUCGCCAAAGCCUGGCCCAGUUCAGUGACCUGUUCAGCGAGUUCAACAAAUACAUCGCCCCGGCGUACCAUCACGACCGCUGCGAGCGCUCCGUGCACAUGCGACUAUACUCGAUGAACAAGCGAGAGUUCGCGACCGUCUUCCUAGCGUUCUUUGCCUGCUUUGGGCUCGGCAUCUUUAUCGGGCUCGCUGGGCCACCAAUAACAGUUAUGAGCAAGGUAAGUGGCAGCUCGCUACUACCGAAUGUGAGUGGGGAAAGCGGGGGCGGAAAUGGACACCUGGCGAAGGGCCCGUUCGUGAUGCGCACCCCGCUCAUGACCACCUAUUCGCAGCAGCUAUGGAUCAUAGCGAAGCUGCUGACCGCUAACACGGACGACGAGAUGGUGGACAAAAAGUUUCACAUCAACGUACAGAUCGAGGGCCUCACGGCCGAGCAUAAGCCGACGAUGGUGUACGGUGCAAGGGCGGGUGGUUUAGGAAUGGGCGUGGAGCUGAAAAACCGGACACGCCACCUGUCUUGCAGCUACGAAGAAUGCGAUGAGUUUACCGUUCUACACUUCGGUUUUCUGGACUACGCGCACUAUAUCGUCACAGUGCGCUUCUACGGGCUGGAGGCGUUCCAUCAGCGUUACAACAUUCGCACCGUCCAGUUCUACUUCAAGUCUUACAAUCCUGCCUUCACGCAGAUCGAGAUCUGGUUCCGAUUCAUCUUCGUGCUGUUCACGUUCAUAAUUACAUGCUGGUUCGCGCACACACUCCGGCGCUACCCCAUGAACGAUUGGUCAAUCGAGCAGAAGUGGAUUUCGAUAUUGCUACCGUUGUUGCUGAUGUUCAACAAUCCCAUUUUCCCGCUUAUCUUUAUCGCCAACAGUUGGUUCCCGGGCAUGAUCGACGCACUGAUGCAGACCACGUUCCUGUGUGGACUGCUCAUGUUUUGGCUUUGUGUUUACCAUGGUUUGAGGCAGAACGAGCGCAAGUUCUUAUCUUUCUACCUUCCCAAGCUGAUCGUUGUUCUGCCGAUCUGGCUGUGUGCGGUUAUGCUGGGAAUUUGGGAAAAGUGCGAUGAGCUGAACGAUCCCACAUACAGUCACUUUGAGGAUUCACAAAACUACAACGGUCUUAAGGUAUUUGUUUCCAUAGCCGGUGUAAUGUACCUGUUGUAUCUGGGACUUUUGAUGCUCAAGGCGUAUUCCGAAUUACGUUCAAUGCCAUACUUUGACAUGCGACUACGAAUCCUCACGCUCCUAAUGCUGAUCGUACUGUCUAUUUCACUGAUUGUAACACUGCAGCACUUCGGCUUCGACACAUUGGAGGACAAUUUUAUAGCACAACUGUACACCAGCUACAAGAGCUCAGCACAGUUUAUGUGUUUUUAUGGCCUGCUAAACUUCUACCUGUACGCUAUGGCGUACGUUUAUUCACCAAGCGGCCCGGCAGUGCAUGAGCCCAUUAUUGCCAAGGAUAAUCCAACCUUCUCAAUGAUCAACGACUCCGACGAAGAGGUUAUGUACGGAUCGGACGAAGAAAGCCGGCGGCCGUUGAACUCUGCGUGCAGAAAGGGAAACGAUUACGAUAGCGAUUAAAUCCAUCUCCUAUCCAUCAUUAGGCGGGCUGUUCCAAUGGAAUAAUUAGUUCAAUUACUUUAAUUCUUACCCAUCAAUUAAGCGUCUGAUAUGCAU